GUAGGGUGGUCACUGUAGGCCCUUAAUACCGAAGAUGGUAUAGUACAACUGUUUCUUAAUCGCCCUAACAGAAAGCCAAUCCUGCAAGACCAUAGCACAGGCGCAUAGAGAGAGCUUUUGUACAACCAAAACGUGAGCAUCCUUCCAAGCCUUGUGCAGUACUGAAAAUGCCUGUUCACUUGCAAGCCACAUCUUAAUCCAUCAUCUUGUCUCUUAAAUGAUAACAAAUUGCGUACACAUUUGUACCAAAGAAAUAUUUAGGUUCAACAAAAUUUACUUGCCACCACAAUGUCACAACCAAAAUCAUUUACCUUUAAUCCACAAUGGGCAUGUGCCAUCAUAGUCAAAAGGACAUUAACCACCCCCACUACCACCUAAUCAAAAGCCACAGGCCUCACAGAUUGUGAUUAUUAUUCCAAAUGCACACACUCCCCCCUGUCUUCUCUGUCCAGUUUGCUUGGAAUGUGGGUGAACUGGAGAUGCAAACAAGACAGAACAGAAGAGGCCACAGGUAUCAUACGCAUGCAUGUCUCCUUGAAGAAAGGGGAAGAAAAUAGGUCGGGGAAAACGAGAGGCCUGAGGGGCUCUCGCCGUCUCACACACCAACUCGGGGAAAAGAACUCUGCACUGCAUUUUUCAGGCACCUAACCUGCCCGGUAGUUUCAUGGUGCGGUGCAGGGGAGUUGGGGCUCCUGGCAGAGUUUCUGUUGUGGAGGGGUGAGAGAUGGCCAAGGUGCCUGAUCUCGGCUCCGACUUCGCGCAGAAGAUGCUGCUGGACCUCCGGCGACGCCGCGAGAGGCUCGGCUUCGGGUCUGCGGCGCAGCAGCAGCGCACGGCGUCGAACGCCGCCACGCCUCGGGAUGUUUGUUCGAAUUCUCAGAAACCACUACGAAGCCAGAGGCCACAGCAAGGAGCUCCGGCUCCUCAAGCAAGAAGACCAGAAGCAACACCACCACCAAGAUCAUCACAACAACCCGGCAAUGCCAUUGCCACAGUCGGCAAGCCACGGCGUCGCCGCGAAGUCGCGCCUGUCGCAGCCGCAGACGCGCGCGCCAUCGUGCCGUUCCAAGAAGGAGGAGGUGCAGGGCCGAAGCAUGUCGCCGCGGGCAACGUCGACGUGCAGAUGGCGGCUCUAGCCCUCGCGCUCAGCGACGGCGGCAAGCUCCGGAACAUCGAGAUCAUGGCGCGCAAGGGCUCCGUCUUCUUACGAGGGCCGGACACGCCGGGCCACCAGCGUGGAGGCGCCGGCGGCGUUGCGAUCGGGGUGCAGGACCUAAACGACAUGCUCAUGGCGGCGUACUCUUCGGGCGGUGGGAGGAGGAGGCCUGACGAGCCCGGGAAGAGGCUCUUCGGAGGAUCCAUGGACAUGGAGGAGGCACUGAGCAUGCUGGUGAUGCUCCAAGACGCCUCGGGGUACAUGGAAGGAUCGGGGAGCGGCAAGGUGCUGCUGCUGAAGGGUAAGGAGAACCGGGAGAGUUCAGCGACGCGCUCGCCCAGCUCAGCUAGGAUUGUGGAGCUCGUUGAAGAAGAAUCUGAGACAGAGCAGGCCAAGAAUGCUUCUAUGCAGAUAGUUGUUCACAACAAGUUUCAGAGCCAUCAUAGUCCAGGCAGCAGCUCAGUCACGCAGUCUGGUGCAAGCGAUUCCCAGACCAGCAAUGCUUCUGAAGGCGAAAAGGAUGGCUCAAAAGUGAGGAUGCCGAGCGUGAUCGCCAAGCUGAUGGGGCUGGACAAUCUUCCAUCUUCGGGGAAGACCGUAGUGGAGCGCAAGGGGACUGAGAGGUUUGUUAAGCCUGAAUCUGUGACAAGGAUGGAGAUCAGAGCGAAUGCGAUGGGCCGCAAGUUGCCGAUACGGAUUGUAGCUUCAGAGAAGGUGCUAUCCAAUGGACAACACAAUAUUAUGUUGUCUGAGGAUUGGAAGAAUAGCCUGACAAGUUUUAGAGAAUCUGAACUGUCAAACAGUUCAUCGCACCCUGCAACUAGUAAUAAGCACGUAAGGGUGACCAUGAGAGAAAUGUUGAGAAAGAUGGUAGGAGCAGAGAGAGGGGCUGAUGGAAGCCAAGAAGUUGAAGAGAGGAUCAUCCAUGAGGACAAGACGGCUACUGAAGAAAUCAAACUGCAGAAGCCUGUUAGUGUCGGGUGCCGAAUCGACUCGGGUAAGAAGAUGGAUUUUCUGAAAAGAUUUAGGAAGAAUUCAGACAGCAGACCAGCCAUGGAAGAUAAGCACAUUGCUCAAGAAAAGAGUGCAUCCGUUGGGAAGAAGCAAGCAACAGGCAUGAAACGGUUGCUGGGGAGGGACAGUGAGGCCAAAUCAAGGAGGGCAAGAGAAAAGCUUAACAAGGAAAAUCUUGCCACUGCAGAAACCAAGGUUGCAGAUCCUGGAAAGAAUAUCAAGGCAGAUCAGAUAAGACGGCAAGCACAGAGUAAGCACAUAGAAAGACAAACUACACCGAGGAAAGUGCGGAAUCGCCGAGAAACACCAAGCGAAACAUCGAGUUGGAACUUAGAAGACAAGAAUUCACUGAUGUCAGAAGCAGCACAUAUGAAAGAGAAGCCUGAAUAUUCGGUAGUGAUACAACGGGAGGAUGAAGAGCCUGCAGAAGUAAAUGAUGUCAGUCUUAGCAAACCAUCAGAUAGCACUAAUGGUGAUGGAGGUUUUUCGGAACAAUUGUCAAUCGUAGCGAGAGGCAGCACCACAACCAGAGAAGCUUCCUCAGAUCAACCUUUACAGAAAAUAACUGAAGGAGCAAGUGAUCCUACAAUUGCUGUACAGGCAAACGAGGAGUUAAAUUUUUCGGAUCAGAGUGCAGUGGCUGAGAUAAGUGAUGGAAGGACCAGCCACACAACUAGUGAAAGUACACGGAUACCUGAAACAUUCACUGAAGAAGCACACCAACAGCAACAGCAACAACAACACGUGAUGGUGAAAGAGCAACCGACUGAUGGUCUGGAUCAUACCACAACCUCCACCGAUUCGACAGGUUCGCAGGAACACACGACACAUGUCGUCUCAUUCGAUUCUUUCACAGACAACCAGCUCCUGCUCGCGAGGAUGCUGGCAAAGGACCGAUAUUUGCUUGAAACCGCGAAGGCGAUAGUCAGAGUUCACGAUCCUGUCAGUUUCAUUGACGAUGACAAUCGGCUGGACAAAGGCAACUAUGAUCUCCUCUCCGACGUAGCCCGGGAAGUGAUCAGAAGAAAAGGUAAAAGGACCGAGGCGCUGGAGGAUGUCAGCGUGGCGUGCACGGUGACCAUGAAACUGCGGCAUCUCGAUGAUCUCGUCAGGGAACUGGACGGCGACGUUGAGAGCCUCGACAUUCAGAACAGCAUGGCUGAAGGCUUGCAGAAGAUACUUCAGAGCGACAUUCAGAACGACCACCCCGACGCCAACUCAACGUGGGAUUUCGGAUGGAACCGCGUGUCGAAGCUGCCAAUCGAGAAGAACGAGGUCGUCAAGGACCUGGAGAAGAACAUACUGGGCGGCAUCAUCACGGACGUGGCGAGGGAUCUCAUCGGAGUAUCGGUGCGGCAUGGCUCUUGUGCCUGCGUGGCUUGACUCUUGAGUGGAAGUGAAGAGAUACGAAUUUUAGAGUGCCUGAUGUCACUACGUUAGCCUAAAUUUUUGUUAUGUGCCACAUUUUUUUCGUUGUAAAUCUUUUUUUCUUGUAUAAAGGAAAUGUGUCGUGCUUGAGUUCUUUUCCAUUUUCAGACAUGCUCUAACUUUUUAGGUCUUAGGGCCU